ACCCAUACCCUUUUCUCUGGCCGUAUAUAAGGAAGUGAUUGACGGCGGAGCAUAGCAGAUUCGUCGAGCCACUCGCCUUUCAGAGUCUUCUCCUGCCAACAAUCCAAACUCAAUACCAUGUCUGCAUUCCCGCCCCGCAAGAUUGGAGAUGCCACCGUUGGCGCUCUGGGAUAUGGUCUCAUGUGGGGUGUCUACGACCCCAAGAGCAUUGCUUCCAGCACGGACGAGGAACGCUUCGCGGUCCUCGACGCUGCUAUGAAGGCAGGGUGCAACUUCUGGGACACCGCGGACAUCUAUCCGGGUUCUGAAGAAGCCAUUGGCAAAUGGCUCGCCAAGACGGGCAAGCGCAAGGAAGUCUUCCUUGCCACGAAGUUCGGCUUCAAGUUUAGCGGGGUUGGCGAGUCGUCCAUUGACGGCAGUCCCGCGUACGUGCGCGAGGCCUUCGACCGCUCCAUCAAGAAGCUGGGCACCGACUACGUCGACAUGUACUACUUGCACCGCGCGGACCCGAACACCCCCAUCGAGCGCACUGUAGGUGCCAUGGCCGAGCUGGUCAAGGAGGGUAAAGUCAAGCACCUCGGCCUCUCUGAGGUUUCCGCGAACACGCUCCGCCGCGCCCACGCCGUGCACCCCAUCGCCGCCAUCCAGGUCGAAUACUCGCCUUUCGUACUCGACAUCGAGGACCCCAAGAUUGGCCUCCUCCAGGCUGCCCGCGAGCUCGGCGUCAAGGUUGUCGCAUACUCGCCCCUGGGGCGUGGUCUGUUGACGGGGCAGAUUAAAUCGCCCGCGGACUUCACCGACCCCUUCCGCUCAAACACGCCCAAAUACAGCGCGGAGAAUUUCCCCCGGAUCCUCAACCUCAUCAAGGAGCUCGAGACCAUCGGCAAGAAGUACGAGGCUUCCCCUGGUCAGGUCGCGCUCGCCUGGAUCAUGGCUCAGGGUGACGACUUCAUCCCGAUUCCUGGCACAACCAAGGUCAAGAACCUGGAACACAAUCUCGGCGCGCUCAACGUUAGGCUCAGCAGCGAGGACGUCGCCACCAUCCGCAAGUACGCUGAGGAGAUGGAUGCUGCGCUGCGUGGUGUCGCGCGCUACCCCCCUGGUAUGCAGGAGCAGCUCUUUAGCGAGACGCCGGAGCUGUAAUUGUUUGUGUUCGAAUAUCGGUGUGGUGCAAGGAUGUUGUAUGAAAUACUGUGUACAAUAAAGGACUGUGGAUCUCUGGGAGUGCAUGAGAUGAGACGAAUUCCUCCUGUUCGCGUCGUAGAUGAAUAGGCAAGGUCUUCGUCUCGGAAGUCCGCGCUCCUCAAUUCCCUCGGUCCUCGGCGCUUCAGAGUGAAACAAGGCUAAUAAC